CUUUCUUUGGUUGCCAACCUGGUACGUCACGCAGAGACAAAACAACCUGUAACAUGUUGGAGUAGCUACUGGCGGUCAGCAACAGUUUUACACCUGUACGCUCCAAUGAUCGAGCUUCAGUAACAUCUUUUGAGACCAGGCGAUCGCCUAAACUAUAAACUUUCAGGUGUGCAGUGAGGCCCCAGUAAUACCAUGAAGAUGCCGCUUCCACAGGACAUCGGCUCCCUCAGCACUGAGAUAGACAAAUGCACUCAGCUCGGGAACGAAGAACUGAACAAGGGCGAACAGGACAAGGCGUUACAGGCGUUCGCUGCCGCGUACGAAAAAUCCGUUCUCCUGGAGGAAAAGUACACCGAGCGUGCAUGUGCUUUCAACCUGGGUGCCGUGUACAUCGCCAUGGGCCAGCCUCAGCGCGGGCUCGAACUCCUACAACGAGCCCUUCCAAAGGAUGAGGACGAAAAGGAACCGCAGUCGAACUCUGACCUCUACUACAACCUGGGACUCGGGUACGACCAGAUGCGGAGGUACGAGGAGGCCAUCCGGUACUACGAGCAGGCGAUAGAGGCGUACGGGAAGGACGGCGGAAACCCCCUCAUGGAGGGAGAGGCGCUGACGAAACUCGCUUUUGCGUACACGAACUUGCACAAGCCCUCGCAGGCCGCGAGAUGCCACGGCCAGGCCGCGGGGAUGUACGAGAAAGCGGAUGACGUUGAGAGGCAGGCCCUGGCGCUGAACUUCCAGGCCACCUGCCUGCUGGAGUCCAGGAGAGUACCGGAGUGUGAGGAGGCUCUGGACAGGUGUAGAGAAGUCUGUGGAAAUAUGAAGGAAGGGGAGGUGUUAGGAAAACUUUACAAUGACCUUGGGAUGACCUACACGUCAGCCAAGGCCUUCGGCAAGGCUGUGGAGUGUUUUGAGCUGGCCCUGCCGCUGACCCGCGGCCCGAGUGGUGACCAGAAACGGGAGGCCGUCCUCCUACAGAACCUGGGAGCUGUGUACAACUCCUGCGGGGAGUACCAGAGGGCCAUCAGCUUCCACGAGGCAGCAGCAAAACUACACAAUGAUCUGGGUAACAGACAGGCCCAGGGUCACUGCUUCUGUAACCUGGCGUACGCCUUCAGCCAGGUGAACGACAACGAUGCAGCAGGGGAGGCCUUUCUACACGCACUACAGGCAGCAAAGGACACAGGGGACAAGCAUGGCCAGUGGCAGGCCCACGAGGGUCUGGGAGCAGUCCACUUCAGAAUGGGGAACCCAGAGAGGGCGAUAGUCAGCUACAAACAGGCACUGGCUCUUCUUACCAGACUGAAGGAUCCCAACAGCCAGGCACAGGAGAGGAUUGUGGGUAAACUGACGGAUGCCCUCAAAUACCAACUGAAGGUCGGGGACAGCCCAAGGCAUCCUGGGAAGGACAGAAAAAACACUUCAAGCUUGGAGAAGAGGCCGGUGUCCUCGCAGAGUAAGAACGGUUCUGUGGCUCACCACAUGGACGAGUCCAUUACCUCAGAGUCUCCCAGGUCAGAUCCAGGAAGGGACAAGAAGUAUUCCAGGACAGAUUCCGGGAAAAGGAAACCAAAGCGAUACGUAAAAAGAGAGCGCAGCUACUCCGACUCCACCCCCUCAGGCUCCAUGCACAACCUGCAGACGGUCGCCCGCGGCAUCGGCAAAUACGACCCAGAGGCCGACCUCUCCUUGUACGACGCCAAGAAGAAGAAGUCUUCAAAAAACAACGGCCUCCACCCGUCCACUGCUUCCACCGUGGCAACCGUGGAGCACAAGCCUGUCAGAGCGAGCGUGUCGGACCCUCGUGGCGCAAACACUCCCUACGACGAAACAGACUUGGCGUACAAGGGAAACCACGCCAGUUAUAUCGAAGAAGACCACUACGAUGACGUCAUUCCCACGGGGCGAGGGAAGGCGAUGGAAAGCAGGCGUCAGGGCGGACAUCCGGACGUUCCGUCGCUUAAGGUCAACGGCGAAACCUCUCAGCAGUCUUCCUCUGAGACGUCAGCCCUGUCGUCUUCGGACAGCGGGUCGUCUGGGAGCGAAAGUGACAGUGAGACUGAAGGAAAGGAGGCAGUGAGGAAGGAGUAUGCGAAGGCUCUCAACGGCACACAGACAACAACCCCGAACACAACAGUCAAGGCCGGCAUGCCCCCCACCCUACCCCCACCGCUCGUAGACAGUCCCAUGUCUACCCUAGACACCUCCGCGACCUCUGCCCUCAAUAACACUUACAUGACCCCUGCUGACCUCAGCAGGGCAAGCGAGGACAACGACCUCCCUGUGUACGCGAUGUCGUCGAAACACAGGGAUGCACAGCGACCCACCGAGCCGGCAAAGAAGGGUGUGAAGACAGAGGAAGAGACCUCCGGAACAGACACUUCUGCGGACAGCAGCAGCUCAGAAAACAGCGAGUCGGAAUCGGAAAGCGACCCGGAUGAACACCUAUAUGAGACCGUACGGACCCAGGGAGGGCGUACCAUGCAGUUUGAGGGUAAGCCGAGUGCGGACGAGCCACCACAGGCACGCAGCACGCCGAAAGACACCCCUACCAAGGCAACACAACCUCCUCCUUCACCAACAAGGACAAUGUCCAGGGCUGACAGGGAGGCGGCGCUGUUCCAACUGGCCAAGCAGCAGAGCCGAGAGGCACAGGAGCAGCAGGAGAGGGACAUGGCGGCCUCGCGGGGUCAGUCCAGGAACGAGUCCCGGACGUGUGUCAUCAUGUAGUCAGGAGUUAACAUAACAAGAGGGGGGUUACUACCAAUGGUCCACGGACUUUAUAGUCCGUCAGUACAGGAACGAGUCACGCACGUGUGUCGUCAUGUAGUCAGGAUGGAAGAUAAAAGUGGAGUCUGCAUGUGGGU